UGUGUCCCUAGGUUGCUUGCUUCCAAUGACUUUGAAUUGGAACCGUAGCAAAAUGGCUGACCAGAAUCACAUUGGUAUCAAAUGUGAUAACUCUAUCCAGCAUUUGAACAACGCCCCGAGGGGAUGCGGUGGAAGAGACACCAAAGAGUCGAGCAAGGGCCGAAAGUUGGGGAAAGAGCUACAUCGAGAGGACUUGCUUUGCCUUCUGAGCAUGUUGGAAGGAGAGCUACAGGCCCGAGAUGAGGUGAUCACUGUGCUGAAGGCUCAGAUGACAGAUGCAGCUCUACUGGAAGCCCACUAUGCGUUCAGAGGCCCAGAGAAAGUGAUCCGGGCCCUGCGGAGGGACUCGCUUCAGGCCCAGAAAGACCAACUGCAGGACGUCUAUGAAAAACCUAUGGCUGAGCUAGAUCAUCUGGAGGAGGCCCAUAGGCGAACUUCGAGGCGGAUGUUGCGCCAACUAGUGGAAGUGGAGCGGUCGCACAGCGGCGCCCUCAGCAGGCUGGAGGAGCAGGAGGAGAUGCACCGGUCCUUCAUACAGAAAAGUGACGACCUCACGACUCUGUUGGAGCAGGAUCGUGAGAGGCUCAAGUUACUGAUUGUGAAGGAAAAAGAGUAUCGGGAGAGGAAGGAGGAGGACGACGAAAGAGAGGUCUUGGUUCUGAAAGACGAGCUGACCGCGCUCAAGCAGUUCGCUCUGCUGGUGGUCAAGGAGCAGCAGAGCCUGAGGGAGGAGCUGGAGGCGGAGGGCCGGCGUGUUAGGGAGCUGACCGACAUCACCGACCACGCCAGGCGGGAGCUCAGCGCCACUCACUCGAGAGCGCGAGAGGAAGAGCUCAGGGCCCUGCAACUGGAGGCCGAGCUACGGGACCAGGCGUCCGUUUACAGCCAAACACAGGAAGCCAUGACUGCCAAACUGGCAGACAAGGACGCUCAAAAACAGCAACUGCGACAGCGCCUGGCCAACCUCAGCCGCCAGUUGGAUGAGCUGGGGGGGACGAGGGCCGCGUUGAGGAGGGCGGAGGAGGAGCUGGUGGAACUCAGGGAAAGGGUGAGGUGGGCGGAGGACGGGGAUGAGGGAGGAGCAGGGACGGCGAGUCUGCUGUCAGAGGUGGACGGCCUGAGGAGGAGAGUGUUGGAGAUGGAGGGGAAGGACGAGGAAUUGAACCGCAUGGGGGACCAGUGCAGGGAUCUCGACCGCAGACUGGGCAGGGAGAUGAGUCAGAGUCGCAGCCUGAAGGCCGAGGUGGACAAGCUCAACGGCAGAAUCAGUCAACUGGAUAAACUAGAGGAGGCGUUGGUCAAGAGCAGGCAGGAGUGCAGCACGUUAAGAGGAAGCCAGGACAGGGAGAAGAGUCUUAGCAAACAGUUGUGUAGCGAACUGGACACACUGAGGAUCCGGGUUAGAGAGCUGGAGGUGGCAGAAAGGCAGCUAGAAAAUAGUGAGGUGGCGGUGAAACAGGACCUUUCCAAGCUCAGGGCCCUCACUGUGGUUCUGGUAGAAGAUAGGAAGUCCAUGUCAGAGAGGCUCCGACAGGCUUCAGAAAAACUUGGUAUGGAGAAAGACCAACAAAAUGAGCAGAACUCAUUGAUAACAAUGACAGAAAAGCUGAAAGAGGAGAUGCAACAGGCCCUGAGGACUAAGGCAGAUUUAGAGGCCAAGAUAAGAGAUAUAGUAAAGGGAAAAGAUGAGCUCCAAACCAGACUACACACAGAGGAGGGAAAAAAUAGGGAACUGCAGAGCAAAGUCAAUACUAUGAGAAGGAGGAUGCAGGUCGUGGAGGACAAAAGUGAAAAAGUGACAAAGGAAAAUGGAAUGGACAUCAACGAGCCUCUGACACACAAUUCUAACCACUUCGACCAAACAGACAACAACAAAACGGCAGAGAUGAGCCAGGAGGUGGAGAGGCUCAGAAGGAAGCUGCUUGAAAAGGAAGUGGUGGAAAGUGAGUUGAUGAAAGCCGAGGAGGACUUUGAAUCCCUGGAGCUGCGGUUCAGGAAGGAGCAGGAGAGGUCCAAGGCUUUGACACAGGAGCUUGGCGAGGCCAAGAGGGAGCUCUCCAGGUUCCAGCUAGCAGAGAAGCAAGAGGUGAACCAGGAACACGCCCUCCUGCGUCGCCUACAGCAAGAGCAGGUGAGAUCAAGGCUCUUGGGCCGGGAGGUGGACUCUCUGAAGGACAAACUCCAAAAGUUGUUGGGAACAGACGAGUCCAUCUCCAAGGUUCAAAUGGACCAUUCCACCCUGCAGAGGAAACUGUCCCUCCAAGAGGCCAAGAACAGAGAGCUGGCCAGAGAGAUGGAGGAGCUGACCAAUGAGCUGGAGAGAUACAGACAUUUCAGUAAGAGUCUGAGACCCGGAGUGAACGGACGCCGGUUUUCGGACCUUCACCAGUCCACCAAGGAAGUACAGACAGAGCAGCCAGCCAGCCAGCCACCGGACUACAGACAUCCUGUUCCUUUUGCUCACGAUGAAAAAGUGAUCGAGCAAAGCGAUGACGAAGAUCUAAACCCAAACGAGGAUGAAAUCCUCGACAUAAGCGGUUCACUGCAAUACAAUAACACAAAAAGCUUAUACCCCACAAAUUACAAUGUCAGAAGAUACAGCAGCAACUCAGCCAGUGACACAGAAGAAUUUGUGUAUGGCAACCCUGUGAAGGAUAUGGUCGUCACUCAGACUCCCGGGCAGCCAGUGCACAUCAAAGUAACACCAGAACCUGGACUCAACACCGCCACGCUGGAAAUCAGCAGCCACACAACAGACAAUGCAGCAUCCUACACCAGCACAGCUGUAAUCCCCACUACCAGUGUACCGCACAAACAACGAAUCACCAUCAUCCAGAAUGCAGCUGUGUCGGCGGUGAAGAGCCAGAGCUCCCCAACCAGCCCGGACAGAGCCCUCUCCCCACUCGUCACCGGGCCUCUGUCUCGAAUGGUGAGCCCGAAUUCAUCACACCCGGGAACCCCUGAUCACAACAGCUCCCCCGUCCAGAUCGUCACCGUCAGCACGUGUUCACCAGAGCCCACUGAGAUCAUUGGUCAGGCUGUGUUCCGUAUGAGUCCAGAGAGGCAGAACAGCUGGCAGCUGCAGAGGUCCACCAGCGCCCAGGCCAGUCCUAGUGUCAUCACCACCACGGAGGACAACAAGAUCCACAUCCACCUGGGUACUCCGUAUGUCCCCGCUCUGAACGGCACAGCCCACGGCAUCCCGAAGCCUGGGGGGUCGUACUACUCGCUCAGACAAGAGCAAAGGACUCAAGUGUUGACCAAUGGCUGCCACAUUAAAAGUGCAGGCAAAAUUACUAGUAGCAUCACUAUAACCCCUGCUACAUCCCCAAUCACACACCCCUCAAAUAUUACAAUUCCACUGGACUCGCAGCCGAAACCUGGCUUGACAAGAAUACCCAAACCAAAAGGACUCAACAAUAACAGAGGAACAAACAGAACUUUGAACACUAAACCGAGUCAUGGAAAUAAUUCACCCUCCACACUAACAUGGAAAAGCAACAGCUUCAGAAUGGCCAACAGGCCUAAAGCUAAAACUGUACCUGGCUAGAUGCAGACUUUCAUGAGGCAAUUGUACUUUGGUAUUCAAACAAUCCAUUGCAAUGGGUCAAAUGUAAUGUUUUAGAUGAUUUUGUUGAUUUGUGAGAUAGAUCUAGACCAAAUAAGUGCAACAAAAAAUGACAGUGAGCAUUCCGCUCAGAAUGUCAGGAACUAAUGUCUGCAAGGUCCAAUGUGUGUUUUAUGAUUAAUUUCCAAAACGUAAUUAUGAUUAAUUGUGUAUAAUGAAAUAAAUAAAACCUUUGACCAAUCAGAAUGCAA